AUGUGAAUCUUAAAAAAGGCGCUUUAAUACUGCCAAAGAACACGCAAAAAGUAAACAUAAACACAACACUAGACUACACACGUCUUUUCAACAAGUUUUUUUCACUAAUUUUGUUUUUUCACCCCGUUAACAUCAUUAGGGAGAAAUAAAGAGCUUGGGCUACCUAUGGUACGAAUCUAUGAGAUGGUGAAUGAACACGCCAAAAGAUAGCGCCCGCGCGCCCGCCGCAAUCGUCCCCAAGAACAGACAGAAGCGGCAGAUUCUGGCGGCACGAGGUUCGUACUUCAUGUAGCCAUCAAUAUGGUUAGCCUGAUGGUUAGGGUCAGGGUCAGUAUCUAGGACACACUAUAUCGACGGCCACAUGAAGAACCAGCAUAGUACGUCUGCUCUAUUAGCUCCCUGCUGUUAAAUAAUCCCGCUAUAUUAAAGAAGACAAAAGCACACAAGUCUUCGUUCGUGUUUACUUGAAAGAUGGACCUCAAAGAAUGCGUGAAAGACUUCUAUGGAAAACAUUUGAAAAGCGCUGAAGAUCUCCAAGCCGAUGUAUGCAAGACAAGAGCAUGUAAUAUGGCACCUAAUGUUCGAGAGGCUUUGAAGUUUUGUCAUGAAGAAGUUAUCCAAAGGUACUUUGGGUGUGGCUCAGUAUUCCCAGAAUGCCUUGAGGAAUGCCGUGUCCUUGACCUUGGAUGUGGUUCUGGUCGCGAUUGCUUCAUCCUUAGCAAGCUUGUUGGAGAAAAAGGCUUUGUCACAGGAGUGGACAUGACUCCAGAACAGGUGGACAUUGCCAACAAAUACAAGGACUUCCAUGCCAAGGCUUUUGGUCACAACAAGCCAAACACAGAAUUCAUCAUGGGAGACAUUGAGAAUUUGAAGGAGGCUGGCGUGACAAGCAACUCAUAUGAUGUUGUUGUCUCAAACUGCGUGGUAAACCUUACUUCAGACAAGAAAUCUGUACUUGAGGAGGCUUGGAGAGUACUCAAGGAGGGUGGCGAAGUUUACUUUAGUGACAUGUAUGCGGACAGGGCAGUAAGUGACGAAGCUCGCAAGAAUAAAGCCUUAUGGGGUGAGGGCUUCGCUGGCGCACUUGUGUGGCGAGACCUGGUGAAACUGUGUAAAGACAUAGGAUUUUCUGGUCCAUAUCUGGUUGCUAGUAACAAGAUUAUUUGUCAAUCCGCCGAAUUAAGAAAGAUUCUAGGUGACGAGGCCCAGUUCGUCUCCGCCACUUACCGUCUCAUCAAAUCACCGAGACAAUACAACAGUGACGUGGCGUUACAGGCAACAUACAAAGGAACAAUACCAGACCACGAGAACGAGUUCGGUUUUGAUGUAUACACAAAAUUAAAGACUGGCGAACCAAAAAGUGUCGAUGCUGCCUUGGCUGAACUUCUGCGGGUUUCUCGCUACUCCAAGCACUUUGACCUGAGCACGGAGUCAACCAAGCGAUGUGUACCGGGGAGGGACGCGUACCAGACCGCUGAUCCCUUCAGCCGGUUGAAGAUGCCGUGUUGUGAUGCCUAGACCGCCCUUCAUCAUAACAGGGUUAAUUUAAAAAGGCUGCCCUCUUUUUCAAAGAAAUAAAGAACAAAGUAUCAUCAUAUAGUUAUUAUGCGUGAUAAUAGUAAACAGUUAUUAAUAGUUGUUCAUAGUUAUCAAAUAGUUAUUGACUAUGGCGUGAUGGAAAUAAAAAAAAAGUCUAUUGUAAAAAGGGUAUUACACGAUCACAAAUUGAGGGGUAAAGAGAGGGAAGUUUAAGUUAUGGUUGUCAGGUUAAAGUUGGCUAGGAGUAUCAACAGUAGCAAAGAUAAGGAAAUAAAUCAACACGAGGUUGAAA